GAUUUGACGAAACGUUGUCACGUACGGAGUAUAUGUCAAAAAGUAUAACGUUGAGUCGUUGAGCACUCCAGCCUUUCUUCUUUCUCUCUCAUCUGAUCUUCGGAAAACCCUAAUUUCACGACACAGAAUCAUAAUCAAGGAGAUAUUUUCCCUAAAUUCAUUGAUUGCUCGAGAUUCUUUCCAUAAUUCAAUAUUUUUCAAGCUACAAAACCAAGAUUUUUAUGGUGUUUUUCCCAUUGAAUUGCAACUUAUGACACUUCUAUAGCAGACUGAUGGAAAUGGGCUGCUGUGGUUGCUUUGGGUUCUCGAGAAGGCAUAAAGCAAUUGCAAGGCCGAAGUUUCGAAUUGAUGCCUUUACGAGUGUUCUUUCUCAGACGCCUUUGUUAGAUGAUGGAGACGAUGAUGCUGAUGCUGAUGAGGAUGUGGAUGAUGGUUUGUAUAAUGGGGAAGAUACUAGUAUGACACAAGGGUAUGAUGAAAGUGAGGUGACUGGUGGGGCACAAAGAGCAGAAGAGAUUAUUAAUUUCAAGAUUAGAAAUGGGUUGAUUUGCAGGCAAUUUGAGGUCAAGGAAACUCGCAAACUCGUGCGUUCGGAGGUAAAAUUGCAAGCAUCCGUAAUUAAAAGAUGUCAUGCAAUCUUGAAAAUGCUGGAUCCAUGUUGGUGUGGUUUUAUGAUGUGUUCGCUAAAAGAUGAAAAUGGGACUAAGAUGAUCAAUGAGUAUCUUCGCGAGUUUAAAAUUGGGUCUGGGAGUUACGCCAAAGUGGUUCUUUACAGAAGCAGCAUUGAUGGAAAACAUUAUGCUAUGAAGGCAUUUCACAAGUCUCAUUUGUUGAAGCAACGAGUUGCACCUUCUGAGACUGCUAUGACAGAUGUUUUUCGGGAGGUGCUGAUUAUGAAAAUUGUAAGCCAUCCCAACAUAGUCAAUCUUAUCGAGGUGAUUAAUGAUCCAGACACAGAUCACCUCUACAUGGUUCUUGAGUACGUGGAGGGCAAAUGGGAUUGUGAGGGUGCUGGACCACCUGGUGGCUUAGGGGAAGCUAUCACGAGACAAUAUUUACGAGAUAUUGUUUCUGGGUUAAUGUAUCUUCAUUCACAUAAUAUAGUGCAUAUGGACAUAAAGCCUCAAAAUCUUUUGGUUUCGCGUAAUGGCACUGUAAAGAUUGCAGAUUUCAGUGUCAGCCAAGUUUUUGAGGGUGAUAACGAUGUGCUACGCCGCUCUCCUGGGACACCUGUUAUAACUGCACCUGAGUGUUGCUUAGGUCUUACUUAUCAUGGCAAAGCUGCUGAUACAUGGGCAGUUGGUAUCACCUUGUACUGUAUGAUAACGGGCAAGUUUCCCUUUAUUGGAGAGACACUACAAGAUACAUAUGACAAGAUUGUUAAUGACCCCAUUGAUCUCCCAGAUAAUCUUGAUUCGCAGCUCAGGAAUUUAGUUGAGGGACUCCUCUGCAAAGAUCCCGAUCAACGGUUGACAUUAGAUAUGGUUGCUGAGCACCCGUGGGUUAUUGGGGAAGAGGGGCCACUUCCCGAGUUUUUGUGCUGGUGCAAGCAAAAUAGCUCGGGUAGGGAUUUGCAUGAUGUGGAUAAAGAGGUACUUGCACGAGGCUUGGAGGAAUAACAGAAAAGAAGAGGUUAAUGUUUUGACUAACCCAUUAUUGGAUUUUGCGGAUAGUCAGUUUUGUGUUUCUUAUACACUUCUUGCCCUUGUCCGUUUUCAUCAAUGGUGUUUAUGUAUGUUGUACAGUAUCAAAUUCUAGGAACUGUAUUAGUGAUACUAACAUUGAGCAGAAGAGAGAAAGGAGGAAUUAGAAGGGUUUUUUCGGGGGGGCCUUUUUAUGCCAAGAGAAGUGUUUUUUUUUAAUAUAUUGAUGAGACCACAAAGUUAUUCAUGCAAUUUAAAGGUUUAUUUUUGCCUCCCUGUAAA